CCGUAACACCGCUGAAUACAAAGGUUGUAAGAGAGGAGAGAGGAGACGAGAGGAGACGAGGAGACGAGAGGAGACGAGAGGACCGUAACACCGCUGAAUACAAAGGUUGUAAGAGAGGACGAGAGGAGACGAGAGGAGACGAGGAGACGAGGAGAUGAGAGGAACGUAACACUGCUGAAUACAAAGGUUGUAAGAGAGGACGAGAGGACGAGAGGAGAGGAGACGAGAGGAGACGAGAGGAGACGAGAGGAACGUAACACCGCUGAAUACAAAGGUUGUAAGAGAGGACGAGAGGAGACGAGAGGAGACGAGGAGACGAGAGGAGACGAGAGGAGACGAGGAGAUGAGAGGACCGUAACACCGCUGAAUAGAGGUUGUAAGAGAGGACGAGAGGAGACGAGAGGAGACGAGAGGAGACGAGAGGAGACGAGGAGAUGAGAGGACCGUAACACCGCUGAAUACAGAGGUUGUAAGAGAGGACGAGAGGAGACGAGAGGAGACGAGAAGUAGCCGCGUGAAGCGAUGAACAGAUACACAUGGAGGUGGAUUUUAAAGACAUUUGUUGUUGUUUAUCCAAACCCGGCGCCCUGACAGACUGACCAUGCCGUCGCUGUGGAAACGGUUGACCUUUUCCUUUGCCACUCUGCUCUACGUGCUCUCUGCCACUCUGCUGCUGGUUGCCCUGGCGACCGAGCGCUGGGUCAGCGGGAGGAUCCUGUGUGGUACCGGGGCAGAGCUGGUCAGCGCCAACUGUUCUGAACUGGACAAGUUCACCGGACACAUCUACUACGGGCUGUUCCAGGGUCAGAAGACUAGGAGGUGUGGACUGGGAAACCGCAGCACCAAGAUAUACAUAUUCCCUACUCUGGUACAUACCCUGAACACAGGUCUCCAUGUGAUGGUGAUAGUCUUCCUGUUGGUGGCCGUGGGGUUUACUCUGCUCAGCCUCUCAUUCUCUAUCUACAACGCGCGCAAGGUUCCCUACCAGAGCAUUAAAGGCCCCACUGGACUCUACAUCUGGAACACCAUAGCAGGGGUGUUUGGGUCGUUAGCCGUCCUGUGUUUCUUAGCAGCUGUCAGACAUCAUCGGUUAACGGAACGUGUCUCUAACUACCAGGAGAAUCUUUUCCAUUUCUCCAUUCUGGAUGAGCGACUGGAUUGGUCCUUCUGGCUAGGCGUGGCUAGCAUCGCUACGCACGGUGUGGUGUGUGUUGUCGUGGCAAUGAGCCGGAUCAAACUGCCCAAACCACAGAACAAGAAACAGUCCGAGCAGCCAACUGUCACCGCUGAAGUCCUCAUGUACUGACACACACACGUUAGUGGGACAUUAUCUACUAGCCUGCUGUAAUCUACACGACACUGGGUCUAUCUACUGUCUAUAGAAACUGUAAUCUACACUACACUGGGUCUAUCUACUGUCUAUA